AUGAGAUCCGGCCAUGGUGGUGGAUUUGGAGCGGGAGGAGGAUUCGGUGGUGUUGGAGGAGUUGGUGGUGGAGGUGGUGGCGGCAGAGGAGGUGGUGCUGGUGGUGGAUCUGGUCAUGGUGGUGGUUUUAGAGUUGGAGGGGGAGUUGGUGGUAGAGCGGGAGGAGGUGUUGGGGGAGGCGGUGGACUAGGUGGUGGUGGAGGAGGUGGUGUGGGCGGUGGAUCUGGACAUGGUGGUGGAUUUGGUGCUGGUGGAGGUCAUGGGAUAGGACAUGGCGGAGGAGGAGGCUUUGGGAUUGGAAUAGGAAUCGGUGUUGGGGUUGGUGGAGGCUCAAGGUUCUGGCAACGGAAGCGGUAG